CCUUGAGCUAGACACAGCGUGCUGAUUGGUGUAUUUACAAUCCCUUUAGCUAGACAUAAAGGUUCUCCAAGUCCCCAGUAGACCCAGGAGCCCAGCUGGCUUCACCUAGUGGAUCCCGCACCAGGGCCACAGGCGGAGCUGCCUGUCAGUCCUGUGCCCUGCACCCCCCUACUCCUCAGCCCUUGAGCGGUUGAUGGGAGGGGGCGCCACAGAGCAGGGUAUAGCGCUCUUCCGGGAGGCUCGGCCGUGCAGGAGCCCGCCCACUGCUUCCGGGAGGCCCCGGCAUGGCGGGCUGCAGGUCUGCAGCCCUGCCUCGCACAGGGCGAGGCAGCUGAGGCCCGACGAGAUUUCCAGCGCAGCGCCAACGGGCUGGCACUGCUGGGGACCCGGCGCACGCUCCACAGCUGCUGGCCCAGGUGCUAAGCCCCUCACUGCCUGGGGCCGGCAGCGCCAGCGGCUGCUCCAAGUGCGACCCCGCGAGCUCAAGCCUACCCGGAACUUGCGCUGGCCCGCGAGCGCCUUGCGCAGCCUCGGUUCCGGCCCGCGCCUCUCCCUCCACACCUCCCGGCAAGCAGAGGGAGCGGCCUCCGGCCUCGGCCAGCCCAGAGAGGAGCUCCCACAGUGCAGCAGUGGGCGGAAGGGCUCCUCAAGCGCGACAAGAGUAGGCACUGAGGCCGAGGAGGUGCUGAGAGCCAACGAGGGCCGCCAGCACGUUGUCACCUCUCACCAUCACUUUGGGAGGCACAGGUGAUGGAGGUGGGAUCAGUGAUGUUCACCUAAUUGAUUUUCAUCAUAAUGCCCGCCCCCCAUAGAAAGAUCCUAAAGGGUAAGUCCUUAAUUGUCAAGAUUAAAUGAUUAAUGUUAAUUAUAUUUUAUUUUAUUAUCUGUGUGUGAUUUAUGUUAAUCAAACUAUGCUGUUAAGACUCAGGAUAUCUUCCUAAUUUUUUGUUUGUUUGUUUUUUGAUACGGAGUUUUGCUCUUGUUGCCUAGGCUGGAGUGCAAUGGCACAGUCUCGGCUCACUGCAAACUCCACCUCCCAGG